AUGGAAGAGAGUGAUAGAGACCGUCCACCGUCGACGCGCCACGGGGACGAACCAUCAUAUGGAGGCCAGCCAUUGCUGAAUCCUAUAAGCUACCAAUCCGAAUACCAGCAAGAUUCUCAACACCGUCAGCAGAACUACCCACCAUACAGCUCAAACUUGGUAUAUAACAUCCCUCAGCAGACGCAUAGCUCAAGCUAUGCUCCGGUUCAGUCAUAUGCUCCACGACAGACUGCUGCCAUUGAAGUGCUUUCGAGUCAGUUUGCGGGAUCUUCUCAGUACUAUGUUGCGGGGGAGUCCCCGACAUCUGUCCCUGCAGGCGUCUCUCAUCACCCGUCCUCAUCACAGUUCUCCAGUCCGUCGUACGCCCAGUACAGCCCCACGGCCGCCCGCCUCCCGCAUGCUUACGCCUCUGCCAUACCAGAGUUAAAUCAGCCCCCGGCCUCAGAGCCUGUUGAAGAUCCUGAAUUUGCGCAACAGAAUCACACAGCAGCAGCGCUGGAUGAUGCUUAUAGCCAAUAUCAGAGUGCCCUGAAACGCACGUUUCAAAACAUGAGAGAUGGUCGGUUGGGGGAAGCGGGAACCUCCCUCCUUACGAUUUCGGAUUGGCUAUUAUCUAAUGCAGUGGAGUUGGGAUUAGUGCGCGACGAGCAGGAGCUAUACGGGGAUCGGACAAGGUUGUGGAACGAGUUUAAUACCUGCUGGCUGGUGGUACUACAAAAAGAGAAGGAGAUGCUGCAAGAGUACAUUGCUACGGGUCAGGCGCCCCAACCCCCACGAGAAAUUCUGCGGGAGGAAAUGUUAGAGAGGAUGGGACGGGAGUUGAUCGCAUUAUGCGAUUCCAUGGAAAGACAUGGUUUGGUGGAUUACCAGAUGGGCGUAUGGGAGGAGGAGAUUCUAGGUGCGAUCCAAGAGUGCCUGGAUCUGUUAGAGGGAAACGCGGAAUCUGGGGCGCCACCGGAAGGAUCUACCUCAGCUUCAGCCGCACCUCGAAAUCCCGACCGCUCGGCUGGGAGCCAACACAAUUCAUGA